UGGGGCCCCAUUCCUGAUGUAAUCUGCCGGGGACAGCGACAGCCUGGUCUUUCAGGCCAGAGUGGAGCGGAUGGUGGCGGUGCAAGUCCUGACAGAGUGCGAAGCAUCCAGGGCACCGGCAGCCGGCAGCCCCAGAAACAUAGGCCCAAUGACCCGAAUCACUUCCCUGGCAUGCAUGGAGUCCUUGGAGGGGCCAUGGACUUCAAAGCUGGGGCUGACUUCAAAUACAGGAUGAAACAAGGAAGGGAUAUGGUCAAAAAGCAACUCAUCCUGGACAGUGGUAGUCGCUCCUCCAAGACCUUCAAGCCAAAGAAGAACAUUCCAGAAGGUUCUCACCAGUACGAGCUCCUGAAACACGCGGAAGCCACCCUUGGGAGCGGCAACCUGCGGACGGCGGUUAUGCUUCCGGAGGGGGAGGACUUAAAUGAGUGGGUUGCAGUGAACACUGUGGAUUUCUUCAACCAGAUCAAUAUGCUUUAUGGGACCAUCACUGACUUCUGUACUGAGGAGAGCUGCCCCGUGAUGUCGGCUGGCCCAAAAUAUGAGUAUCAUUGGGCAGAUGGAACCAACAUAAAGAAGCCUAUUAAGUGCUCUGCACCAAAGUAUAUCGAUUACCUGAUGACCUGGGUACAGGACCAGUUGGACGAUGAGACUUUAUUUCCAUCCAAAAUAGGUGUCCCCUUCCCAAAGAACUUCAUGUCAGUGGCAAAAACUAUCCUGAAGCGUCUGUUCAGGGUGUAUGCACAUAUUUACCACCAACACUUUGACCCAGUGAUCCAGCUGCAGGAGGAAGCCCAUCUUAACACAUCCUUCAAGCACUUCAUUUUUUUCGUGCAGGAGUUCAACUUAAUUGACAGAAGAGAACUUGCUCCACUCCAAGAACUGAUUGAAAAACUGACCUCAAAGGACAGAUGAGAGGAUGAAGGGCUGUUCCAAUCAUAUCUUGCUUUCAAGUCAGGCUCUUAGGAAUAUAUUUGGGGUUGUUACUCGGUUGGGUGGUUUGGGGAUUUAUUUGAGUUUAUUUUCCUUUAUUUUUUUUCCUCCUGAAUAAAUGAAAACCUUUUCUGUUAUUUUAGAGGCAGCCAA